ACUACAAACUUUUUCGCGGGGAAACUUUCGCGGGAAAUCAGACUAGUCCAGCGGUAGACACAGCUGUGCGCACUCCAGCUCUGCUUUCGGUCAUCAUGGAUCCCUUUAAGCUGCAGCGUGCUGAACUUUCAAAGCCGAAGAAUUUCCAGAAAUUUCGGAAUGUGAAAUUAAUUUCCAUGGAGACCUCGUCCUCCUCAGAUGACAGUUGUGACAGUUUUGGCUCUGAUAAUUUUGCAAACACAAAAAACACGUUUAGAAAAGGGACAAGCAAAGAACUGGCCAGAAUAUUCUCUCAGGAUUCGGAUGCAGAAUCAUUUUGCGGGUUUUCAGAAAAUGAUAUGAAAAUCGAAUCUGAUUCUGAGGGUGAGAGGCCUAAAAUGCUUAGAAGGUCCACAAGAGGUCAAGCCAAAAAGAAUAUAUCGCUGAAAGUAGCCCUGAAGUUUCCAGCGAAAAAGAGUCCAAGAAUAAGUGCACCAAAGAAGGGAAAUCAGAAGGUGGCAAAGAAACAAGAAAAGGAAGAGUCUGAUGUGUCAGACAAUGAGAGCGGUCCCAAUUUUUUAGAGAAACGUGCCUUGAACAUAAAGCAGAACAAAGAGAUGCUUGCAAAGUUGAUGGCAGAACUCAAAAACAUACCUGAAUUCCUGUCCACCCCGAGUCCAUUCUCUCCUAUCAUGAAAAUAAAACGUACUCCCAGAACUCCACGUACUCCUGGACAAACAAGAAGGAAUCCUGAAAGAACCUCGCGACCUCAUACCAGAUCCAGAUCUCUCAUUGAUGGUCCUCCCAGCCCCACCCCGGAUGAUGAUGAUGAAGAUGACCGCUACUAUUUGAUUAGAAAAAGAAAGAUGGAUGAGGAGUCUGAUGAAGAAAAUUAUGUGCCGAGGUACCGCCGCCAGAGUUCCAUGACCCUUCCUCAUAUUAUCCGACCAGUUGAGGACAUAACAGAAGAGGAACUGGAUGGCAUCUGUUUCAACGCACGAGAAAAAGUCUACAACAGAGUAACAGGUUCAACCUGUCAUCAGUGUCGCCAAAAGACUGUAGACACAAAGACGAACUGCCGACAUCCUGAUUGCAACGGUGUGAGGGGCCAAUUCUGUGGCCCUUGUCUAAAGAAUAGAUAUGGAGAGGAUGUGAAGACUGCGUUAUUAGACCCAGAAUGGAAAUGCCCACCAUGCAGAGGGAUCUGUAACUGCAGUUUCUGCCGACAGCGCAAUGGCAGGUGUGCCACCGGUGUUUUGGUCUACCUAGCCAAAUACCAUGGAUAUGAUAACGUACAUGCAUAUCUAAACAGCUUGAAGCGUGAAUUGGAAAUGGAAGACUGAAAAUAUUUUAAAAAGCAUCACGACUAUGGAUGGACGCUUCUUUAGGAAACAGAUUCUGAAGUGGUGGCUAAUUUAAAAUAGGCUGUUAUCACACUGACCCAGUAUUUUGGGGAAAAUGCUACUUUUUGACUAACGUAUGUUAUCAAAAUUACUUGCAACAGGAGAAAAGAGUCAUGUAUAGUAAAAUGUAAAUGUGAAAUGCUCUGCACACAACAAUCCAUAACUUUUUAUGUCUGAAGCUGAAAAAUUGGACAGUAUUCUGGUGUGAAACUUAAAAAAAAAAUAUAAAAAAAAAAUGGGUCAGUUUAACUGUUAAGAUACCUUUUGAUAAAGAGGGCCCAUAGAAUAUUGUAAAAAGUGUUUUAUAAAUGUAUAUAGACUAAAUGAAAGUUUGCUUUUGAUAAAAAGCAGACAAAAGCCGCUGUUUUUUUAGUGUUUUUGGUGUCAUUGCAUUUUAUAUGCCCUAUAAACAGUAGAGUUAUAAUAUUACAGGUCUUUCCACUGGACAGGUCAGCGGGUGAAUAAUGGAUGUGGUAGCAUGAAAAUGUGUUAACACUGGUCUAAUGCUAUCCAACUACCGUAUUUUUCAGACUGUAAGAUACACCUUGGAUAUAGAGGAGGAAAAUAAGGGGGGAAAUUCUCAUCAGCCCCCAAUCUCCAUCAAACAAAAAUAUGAAAUAACCAAACUAACCUCCUUGCUUCAGACUGUGCCAAUGUUCACCGCUCCCUGGUCUUCUGCUGGCCUAGUGUUGCACUGUGACCCGAUGUCACAGCGUCAGGUCAUAGAGCAUACCUACGUGCACUAUGUCCUGACACUGUACGCAGUCAGUGCACUGCAGUGCAGAAGAUUUAUUUCGAAGGCGACCUGCCAGCUCUCCUGACAUGUCUAUCUUGGGCUCUGUGCACACAGCCUUUAAGCCUUACACUUAACAUACAUUUCUGGUAAACAUGUAAAGAUUCCAUAGCAACAUUCACCUAAUGGAGCCCAAAACAAUGUCAUUAUGGGCUCUCCUGGGAUGGUAUCCACUGGCAUACCCUUUGAGGAAUGGGCAACAUAUGCCUAGACAAAAGCAUGUGUUGUAUACGUUGCAUGGAAGUGUAUUUAUUGGGCAGUGUUCCUAACUUUAUGAAUGGCUUUGAUACAUUCUUCAUUUAAUGCUUCGUAAAUACUUGCAUUUCACCCUGAGAGCAAAUCGGGGGCGCCAAAACUCUGCUUCGUGUCAUCCUUUUAUUAUUCCUCCUGGAAAUGUAUGAAGACUGGGUUAUGUUAACACCAUGUUGUCAAUUUAUACAUGCUCCAUG